AUGCUUCGAUAUAUUCUACUUUCAUUUCAAGUGGUUACUGCAGUCCGAGUUUCACUGCUAGAUUCUGAGCAAUCCUCUGCUCAAUUAAAUGGUAGAUUAUCAAAACGAUCCCCUCUGCCGUUGAAUGGUGAUGCAUCCAAAUGCUUCCAAAUGAAAAUUCAGGCCAAUGGAAUUAAUCUCAACGUCCUAGUGGACUCUGCAACUUCUGAUUUGAUCGUACCAUUAUCGACUUUGAAUAACUACAGAGGUCCUACUUUGCCAGAUACUAAGCGUGGAGAACCUGUUUCUGGAAGUUACGGCAGCGGUGCUACAUGGAAAGGAUAUGGGUUUCUAGCUACUGUAAAUAUUCCAGAUACUGGUAUAAUUGCUACCAAUUCUCCGACUGUAGGAAUCUAUCAACAGUCGAUAGAGCCAACAGUUAUCAGCGGAGAGCCCAGGCAGGGAGUAUUUGGGUUUGCUUAUCCCUCCCUGUCAUAUUAUCACACGAGUCCAGAAAGUGUAAUGGAUGCCUGGUACAAAAGUAAAACUAUUCUUAAAAACCAAGUCGCUACUCAGCUAUGCCCUUAUGGGCUGUCUGAAAAAAGCUACAUUGAUAUAGGAAACACAGAUUCGACUAAAAAGUGUGGAACGAAUGGAGAAAGUGUCGCGUGGGUUUAUUCGCCAUCACUUGAUUUUUUCACUGUCAGCAUCAGGAAUAUAUUGGUCAAUGACCGGCCUGUGAUUUUGCCUGUUGCAUUCAAAGAAAAUGAAUUUCAACAGAAUUCAUUUUCAUAUAUAGACACAUGCUCUAGAUCUAUACGUCUUCCUCAUCUAGUUUUGGAUGGACUAAUUGGUGCGAUCACAGCAAGUCGCGCAUUUCAACCACCGCUUACUACCAUGGAAACUUUGGCAUUUUUUUGGCAAAGAGAUGUCAUUGAUACAUUAAAGUAUACUAUUGAUUGGAAAAAGUUACCGACGCUUUCGUUUGUACUAGAUACUGGAGUACCAAAGAAAAAGAAAGGGUCUUAUUCCACCGUGAAAAUUACAUUGGGACCCAAAGACUACUUGCAACAGAUUGGUCCUAAUCAAUAUUUGUUUUCUGUAGGUUUUGGAUCCGAGACUAGCAUAACUCUUGGCAUACCUUUCAUGACCCGGCUUAAGGUCGUGUUUGAUCGAGAAGGUGGACGCAUUGGAUUUGGCCCUGGAUGUGGAUGCGAUACCCCAACUGACGGAUAUCCUACUAUUAUGAAUGAGAGAAAAGUACUUUGGCCUUUGCCACGAUCAAAAUGGAGUCGUUUUAAACAUACUGUUGCUCAAAAACUAUCGGAACUGUAUAUCAGUUUCAAGUGA